UUUUACGUCAAAUUUAUGACAGACAAAACUCAAAAUUCCCAGUAGAAAAAAUGUCCAAAAAAACAUGGAAAACCUUCUAAAGGCCACCGACGAUUUUGAAAAUGGAGCUGGUGGACCAUGUAGCGGAACUAUUGCUUAGAAUUAUUCUAUAUAUAAUAUUCUUGUGGUUGGACCAACAAACUCCCUUCAUCAGACACAUAGAAGAAGAAGAAUUAUGGAUGUACCGAUACCCUUUGAUGCCCUCGAUCGUUCCAAAGUGGUGUCUCUUUUUCUUAUUAAUAUUUAUACCCACCGUCAUAUUUCUCGCUGAAUAUGCGGUAAACCAGAGGUACAAGGACAUCGUAAAGGGCUUUUAUGCCCUCACACUGGUUUACAUGCUAAGUGGGAUAUUCACAGUAACACUCAAGUUAUUAGUGGGAAGACCAAGGCCUAAUUUCUUUUUGAGGUGCUUUCCUGAUGGGUAUGGGACCGAUAUUAAUCAUUGUACAGGGGAGUAUAAAGGACACAUGGAUGCAAGAAAAAGUUUUCCUAGUGCCCACUCCACUUUUGCCUUUUCCGGCAUGUAUUUCAUGUCCCUAAGAAUGUGCAAAUUGUUCAGGAUUAAAGAACGGGGACGAUUUAAGGGCUGGAAAUGCCUUUUAAUUAGUAUCCCCGUCAUUAUUGCGGUGCUUAUUGGGGUGAGCAGGACUUGUGACUACCAUCACCAUUAUUCUGAUGUGUUUGGAGGUGCAAUUCUGGGAUUGCUGAUAGCCCAUGUGGUCUAUUAUGCAUUUUAUUGGACAGAAGGUUUAUCGGAUGAAGAAGUCCAAAAAUCAUUGGCAAAUAUAAGGGAGCGGUUAGAAAACUUUUAAUUUGUAAACUCUUCUUAAUAAAUAAAUGUAACUGUU